AGGUGGCCCUGCUGGAGCACGCGCCGCAGGCCCCCGUGGUCCCCCAGCUGGCCCGCCAGAGAUCCUCGUCGCCGAUGGCGCCCGCGUUCGUCGGGGUGCCGGUGGCCGGGAUGGCCCAGCCGCGGCGCUCUUCCUCACCGGUCCACGUGGGCAUGCCGGCGCAGCCGCGGCCGCAGCCGCGACCCGGCAUCCUCGUGGUCCAGCAGGGGCUGACCAUCGGGACCGCUGCGAGGCACAGGUCCACCUCGCCGGUCUUCGGCGUGCCUUGCAUGCCGCUCCAGCAGGCGGCGCCCCAGGUGCUGGCCUCCACGACGGGGAGCCGGACGCCCGUGCUGACGACGCCCAGGACGGCGUUCCUCGGGCAGCCCCCGUCGGUGCGGGGGGGCUCCAGCGUGCACCUGGAGGUGAAAGGCGUCCUCAGCGCUGGCGGCACAACGAGCGUCCCCGUGUCGGCCACCACAGGCGGCUUCGGGUUGCUGAGCCCGGCCGCCAGCUCCGCCGUGCUCUCGGACCUGCCCACGCCGUCCUCGGUUGCCAUCAGCGGGCGUUCCGUACAUGAUGGGCACAUGUUCCACCACCACUACCACGUGCAGG